GAGGCGGGGCUUAGAGAAGUUCCCUCACCGUGCUCAGUCGAGCGGGAGUCGUGCGAAGAGGCGAUCAUGGCGCUCCUGGAGGUGUGCGGAGCCCCCCGAGGGCAGAGGAAGGAUUGCGCUUUCUCCACCCUGGGCAGUCAGCUUCGCUCGGACCCUGGACACUACAGUUUCUCUCUGCGAUCUCCGGAGUUCGCCCUCCCCCGAGGAAUGCAGCCCACUGAAUUCUUCCAGUCCCAUGGUGGGAAUGGAGAAAGGAAUGUUCAGAUCGAGAUGGCCCAUGGCACCACCACGCUGGCUUUCAAGUUCCAGCAUGGAGUGGUUGUGGCGGUGGAUUCUCGUGCUUCUGCUGGGACUUACGUCGCCACCUUGAGGUGUAAUAAGGUGAUUGAGAUUAACCCUUACCUGCUUGGCACCAUGGCUGGCUCUGCGGCAGACUGUCAGUACUGGGAGCGUCUGCUGGCCAAGGAGUGCAGGCUGUACUAUCUGCGGAACGGGGAGCGUAUCUCAGUGUCGGCAGCCUCCAAACUGCUCUCCAACAUGGUGUUCCAGUACCGGGGCAUGGGCCUGUCCAUGGGCAGUAUGAUCUGCGGCUGGGAUAAGAAGGGUCCUGGACUCUACUAUGUGAAUUCAGAUGGGACUCGGCUCUCAGGAAAUAUGUUCUCCACUGGCAGUGGGAACACCUAUGCCUAUGGGGUCAUGGAUAGUGGCUACCGGCCCGAUCUGAGCCCUGAAGAGGCCUAUGAGCUGGGCCGCAGGGCUAUCGUUUACGCCACCCACCGAGACAGCUAUUCUGGAGGUGUUGUCAAUAUGUACCACAUGAAGGAAGACGGCUGGGUGAAAUUGGAAAGUACAGACGUCAGUGACCUGCUGCACCGGUACCGGGAGGCUAGUCAGUGAUGGCGGCGGCCAGACACACCCUCUCUGGCAAAACGUGGCCGACUCAGGGACCAGGCCAGCUUACACCCCACAGGAAAGAGGGGCCUGACCUGAGCUCUGUGGAAGCGAACCAGCGGCCAGUGGGGGCAGGGUGGAUUUUACCCUAUUGGGUGUUCUCUGUUUCAGGGAUCAUUCCCCCUUCCCCAGCCUCUGGUUGCCCCACUAAACACAAUAAAGGAAAAUGGUUAUAAGUG